AUGCCUAGCAAAAAAUCAUCACAAUGGAUCCAACAAGCAGUAGAUGAACAUCAUAUAGAAUUUAUUCCUUAUGAUUCAUUUACUAAACAUGAAGAGAUAGCUCGAGGCGCAUAUGGUGAAGUUACAAAAGCAUACUGGCCAACCGCUGAGAAAGCUGUUGCUUUAAAAUCUUUAUUCGACAAUCAUGAUUCUGAAACUGAAACAGAAGAUGAUAAGGAUUUUGAUGAUUUUGUUAAAGAGAGAGCAUGGAGUAACAAACCGGAGGAUAGACCAGAGAUUAAUGAGGUUAGAAAGAAAUUGGAGGAGAUGUUAGGUGAAUGUACAAAGGGUGAUAAUUCGGUCGGAUCUCUUAUGAAUAACAUGAACACAUUGAACGUUACUACGCCAAACCCGCCACCAUUACCAAAGAUUCCCUCUAAUCAGCAAAACAAUAAUGCUAAUAAACGAUUUUCUCAAAAUAAUGUGCCACCAACUUAUCAACCAGGAGGAUUUAAUCCAAGUUUGAGUUAUAAUCGUUCUAAUACUGAUCCAAAUCUUAUGCAAAAUAUGCAAAAUUAUAAUCCACAGCAAAUUUAUCAACAACCAUAUGCUAAUAACAAUGUUAUGCCUCAGCGUCCUCCAAUAUCUCAAUACGCUAUGACUGAAGCUCAUAACACUAACAUGAACCAAGGAAUGGUGGCAGCAGUUCAACAGCAACAAUUUCCUAGUCAUGCUUCCAAUGCAAACUAUCCUUCUGGAAUGAACAAUCAUUUUCAACAGCAACAUCUGUACCCCACUGUGAAUGCUGGUCAAUCACAAACAUAUCCUAACAUUAAUCAACAUUUAAUGCAAAACAAUUUUAAUGGUAAUCAACAACAAUUCAAGCCAAUCGUACAUCCACCAUCUAACAUUAAUGCUCAGCCUAUGACACCGUCUAACAUGAAUGCUCAGCCAAUGACACCGUCUAACAUGAACGCUCAGCCUAUGGCACCGUCUAACAUGAAUGCUCAGCCUAUGGCACCGUCUAACAUGAAUGCUCAGCCUAUGAUAAAUGUAUCCACAACAAAUAAUCCGCCUUUCCUGCAAUCGGUCCCUAACUCCGGAUAUUCUACCAACAAUACUAUGAGUAAUCUUAAUCAUCAAGGUACUUUUAAUCAACAAGUCAUGGGAAGUAAUCAGUUUCCAGGAAGUAAUUAUAACCAACAAGCUCCAGGCAAUUUUACCCAAGUUCCGGUAAAUAAGGUUAACCAACAAGUUGUAGGGAGUCAUAUUAACCAAGUUCCAGGAAGCAACGUUAAUCAAGUUUUAGGGAGUCAUACUAACCAAGUUCCAGGAAGCAACGUUAAUCAAGUUUUAGGGAACAAAUAUGCUUUCAUCUACAAAGUUGAAAAACCUACCAAAUGCCAUGCUGGUUAUCACGCUGGAUUAGGUGACAUUGAAGGUUUAAAAUAUCAUCUAUCCUGUGGCGAAAGCAUUACUAGCACAUAUGAAUUUAAAGAUACAAACGAUUAUUUAUGUAUUAUAGUCGCAAGGUAUUGUACCGAUAUUAAAAUGGUUGAAGAAAUUUUUAACUUGUUAAGAUAUCCUAGUGGUCCGUUGAAUGAUCCUAAUAAACAGCCAAAUCUCUCAUGGGUUUCGGUAAAGAGCAAAAGAACAGUGUUACAUUAUUUACCUACAAAUGCAAAUUUAACAAGUGAUAUAGAUGUUUCAAAAGAAAAAAAGAAAACAGCAGAUGCAGAUGUAGUUUCAGAAGGUCAAACGAAAAUGAAUAGGUUUCAUCAUCAUAUUAAGAAAGUGAUAGAAUUCCUAGUUCAUAAUAAAUGUGAUAUAAAUGCAAAAGAUGAGAAAGGAUACACUGUCUUGAGUCUUUAUUUGGCCAAGACAACGUUUCAGGCGGGAUUCACAAAAGUUGUUGAAAUCCUAUUGAAUAAUGGUGCAGAUCCAAACGUUAGCCUUACCGUUAAGGUUAAAAGUCUUAGCAAAGGAUCUAGUGCGAAAUUUGAAAUACCCCAUACGACGGGUAACAACGAAAUUCUCGAUUUACUGAAAGAACAUAAGGUGGAUAUAGAUAAGGAAUACGAGAAUUUAAAUAAUUUAGGUAAUUUGUUGAGUAUGUGUUUACCGAAGUCAAAAAAUGGAAAAGGUAGUCAAGUUUCCUAUAUGGAGGGAUUAGAAUGGGUAUUGAAUAAUGUACUAAAAGUAUGCAGUAAUGAGAAUUUAAUAGCAGUAAAAAAACAGACCGAAAAGAAUA